AUGAGUACAGCAGUUUUACCAUUUAAAGUCAAAGCAAAAUAUGGCUGGUCUGGCCAAACUAAAGAUGACCUAGGAUUUUUGGAAGGUGAUAUUAUGGAGGUUACUAGAAUCACUGGGGAUUGGUACUAUGGCAAAUUACUUCGAAACAGAAAAUGUGCUGGUUAUUUCCCUAACAAUUUUGUUGUUAUCCUAGAAGAAAAAACAUUACUAACUGAAGAUCAAUCUAAAGAAAAAAAGUUAAACUCCAUUAAGGUAUCUGAAAAACAGAAAUGGGCAACAGAAAAAUCUUCAUCUUCUUCCUUAUCUUCUUCUUUUUCUACUUCUUCGUCUUUACCUCCAAUUCCAUCGAGAGACGCUAAUCUGAAAAGUUCCAAAAAGACAAGAAUGCCUAAAUCAUAUAAUUAUUCAAAACUUAAUAUGUCAUCCAAUUUAUCACAAGACGGUUAUUAUAAUAACCGAUCCAUACAUGAAGUUCACAAAAAAAACGUGAAUUCGAAUAGAUUCUAUGAACUUGAUCAUAGUUCUAGUCCAGAAUUAUAUUCAAUGUCAAAAGAAGGCUCUAAUAUACCUAAUAGUUAUUCGGAUCUGAAUCAGCUCAAAUCACAGAAGAAGCACCAUUAUUCAUUUUGGGAACAGGGCAAGAAUAAUUCAUUACCUCCCUUACCUCCCCUACCUAAUGGGAUCAAAAUAUCCUCUUCCUCACCAUCACUAACCACACCAAUUUCACCAUCAAAUGAUAACUCCAGUAGACUUAACAGAACAAAUUUUUAUAAACACACAAAAAAGCAGUUGGUAGGUUCACAUCAACUUUAUAGACUCAAUAAAAGAACAUCACAUGAUUCUGUAAUGAGAACAGACUCGGUAAAUUCAAAACUGUACUCUAGUAAUAGUUCUAAUGGAGAUAUGUCUACAGCUAUAUUUUCUAAUUCCAAGUAUCUGGAUUCAUCGUUAACUGAUUCUGAAAAUAGCUUUGCAUUAAUGAGUGAUUUCAGUGCUACCAGUGCAGGUAGUUUUGCUAGACAUAAACAUGCACAAUCCUUUACCGAUUCUUUGGAAAGAUCUCAAUCGAGUCGAUAUUUCCCAAACGGAUCUAUAUUUGACUCUCAGUCUGUGUCUGAAAAUGGAAACAAUGAUUUAAAAAACUCCAACAAUGGUAAAAUGGGUGAUUUAUUAAGAAAAUUGAUUCCUAAUUCCUCUUCUAGUAAUAGGUCAUCACCCUUAAUAUCGACUUCAAUCAACAAAUUGCCUAAAUUACCUUCAAUUCAAAAUUUAAAUAUAUCUGAUAAAAAUGAGGCUAAGGACUGGGUAACGGUAAAAUCACAAGUUAAUAGGUCAAGAACUUUGACAAAAUACGAAAAGCAUCCACGUUACAUGAGAGCUUUGGAAGAACAUAGAGAGUUAGUUUUGCAUCCACAAGAUUCAAUAUACAAUGGUUUAAAUACAAAUGAAGUCAAAUCCGGGGGUAAACCUGGUAUGGUAAAUGUAAUGUUAACAGAAUUGAACUGUGAGUAUAUAGAUGAAAUGACAAGAAAAAGAUGUAAUAAAUUAGGUAAUUUUAGUCUAAGUUCAUGGGCAAGAAUGAACUUUUCAGCAAGGUACAAAACAUCCUUAGAUGUCCUGAGAGGUAUAUACAUUUUUUGUGCUGAAAAGUUUGAGUUGAUUGAUGAUAAUUCAACUACAGACUUCACUUGUGAACCACGCAAUUUGGAUCAAGUUCUCUACAGUCAAUAUUGUACUCCAUAUCAGUUAACAUGGUUAUUUAAAAAAUUAGCAAAUGCACUGGGUAUCACAUGUGAAGUUGUUAUUGGGUUCCUAAAAACGCCAAAUAGUAAUAAUUAUGAAUUCAAGUUCAAUCAUUGCUGGCUUAGAGUUCUUGUCCACAGAGAAUGGAGGUUUGUCGAUAUUAUUCUAGGUAAUACUACCAACCCUAUCCAUGAAUUUGUUAAUAAUAAGCCUGCUAAAAAGGCUGAUGAUAGUUAUUUUCUUGUUGAACCUUUAAAUUUCAUUUACACUCAUAUACCACCAAGAGAGUUCGAGCAACAUAUUGUUCCAAGCAUAGAUCAGCUUUCAACUAUUUGCUUGCCAUUAGUGUUUCCCACAUUUUUUCAGAAUAAUAUUAAACUUUAUAACUACAGUACCGCCUUAUCAUACCUAGAAGAUACAGAAAUAUUUGAAUGUUCAAUUGAGAUUCCGAAUGAUAUUGAAGUAUUUACAUCGGUUGUUGUUUCUGAUGUCGAUGAAAACAAACAAUAUGAAUUUGGUCAAAUGGAAUUAUCUCUAUCUCAAAUAAAAAUGCAUAAAUCAAAUUCAGGGCGCAGAAUUGCUAUUUUGAAGGCAGUUUUACCACCAAAUGCAAAGAAUGGUACAUUGUACAUUCACUCAGGUGUUAGAGGAAAGCAAAAAACUAGAGCUAAUAUUCAUCCAUUAACAAUGAUGAUUCCGUUGGAGCAUAGAGGAAUUGAUAUGAAGUAUGAAUUCGUUGUUAGGUUGCCAUCAGAAAAUGUACAAAAUUUGGAAAUGUAUAUCAAAGAACCACAGAAUAGAUAUUUGUUUCCUAAUAAUGAUUAUACUUUUGAAAUUAUUCAAACACCAUUUGAUGGAGUAAUAUAUGAUUCAGUAUCUCAAAAUAAAGAGCAACUGAUGGCAAUCAAAUCACCAUCAGGUGAAAUUUAUAAACUGCACAAGAGAGAUCCACAAUCCUUGUUUGGUACAUGGGAAACAAAGAUAAAAAUUAAGGAACAAGGAAUUUGGACUGCCAUAGUAGUUUCUGAUUCGGGUUUGGGAUGGUGUCCAUUUGCUGAAUGGCUUUGUGUCUAA